CGCGGACGUGCCACGCGGGUGGCCCGCGCUCUUCAGCAGCACCGGAGGAGCCCCCCUCGGCCUGGGCGUGCCAAGAGGACAGGGGUUAAAAUGAACGAAGACCUGAAGGUCAAUUUAAGCGGGCUGCCUCGGGAUUGUAUAGAUGCCAGUGCUCCGGAGAACAUCUCAGCCGCUGUCCCCUCCCAGGGCCCUGUUGUGGAGUCAGAACCCGAGCUUGUUGUCAACCCCUGGGACAUUGUCUUGUGCAGCUCAGGAACCCUCAUCUGCUGUGAAAAUGCCGUUGUCGUCCUUAUCAUCUUCCACAGCCCCAGCCUGCGAGCACCCAUGUUCUUGCUGAUAGGCAGCCUGGCUCUUGCAGACUUACUGGCUGGCCUGGGACUCAUCAUCAAUUUUGUUUUUGCUUACCUGCUUCAGUCGGAAGCCACCAAGCUGGUCACAAUCGGACUCAUUGUCGCCUCUUUCUCUGCCUCUGUCUGCAGUUUGCUGGCUAUCACUGUGGACCGCUACCUCUCACUGUACUAUGCCCUGACGUACCACUCUGAGAGGACCGUCACAUUCACCUAUGUCAUGCUGGUUAUGCUCUGGGGGACCUCCAUCUGCCUGGGGCUGCUACCUGUCAUGGGCUGGAACUGCCUGAGGGAUGAGUCCACCUGCAGCGUGGUCAGACCUCUCACGAAGAACAAUGCUGCCAUCCUCUCCAUCUCCUUCCUCUUUAUGUUUGCACUGAUGCUUCAGCUCUACAUCCAGAUCUGUAAGAUUGUGAUGAGGCACGCCCAUCAGAUAGCCCUGCAGCACCACUUCCUGGCCACAUCGCACUAUGUGACUACCCGGAAAGGCGUCUCAACCCUGGCUCUCAUCCUGGGGACCUUCGCUGCCUGUUGGAUGCCUUUCACGCUCUAUUCCUUGAUCGCCGAUUACACCUACCCCUCCAUCUAUACCUACGCCACCCUCCUGCCCGCCACCUACAAUUCCAUCAUCAACCCUGUCAUAUACGCUUUUAGAAACCAAGAGAUCCAGAAAGCCCUCUGCCUCAUUUGCUGUGGGUGCAUCCCUUCCACGCUGUCCCAGAGAGCGCGGUCUCCCAGCGACGUGUAGCAGCCUCGCGCCUGCAGGACACUGCCUCUACCAAGCACCCCCACUGCCCAGGGUGGCCAGUGCUGUCCUCCCCUGGAAUUCUUUGCACUGGAUUAUCCCAGGCAGAAGUGAUGACAUCAGAUAAGCGAGGGCAGUGGAAAAAAUCACGUCACCAGUGUUAAAAAAAAAAAAAAAGACUUCUCUGCUCAGCAUUAUGUUGUUGGAUUUGGAAGUUAGGUUUUAUUAUUAUUUUUUAAAAUAUCUUAUUUAUGAGGUUUUUGUUUGUUUGUUUGUUUGUUUGUUUGUUUGGAAGGUGUAGUGGGACCCCAUGUGGCCAUGAAAUUCUGCACAAGUCCCAGGCUUUUUAACCUAGACUUGAAAAUAAAUCAGUUUUUAAGGAAACUGGAGAAGGAAUUUUUCUGGAUUUUUAAAAAAAUAAAUCAAGGUAGAUCUUCCAUUCUGUAUGUAUCUAACAGGAUAUGAGUUUUUCCAUAUGACCAAAGUAGUUUACAUGAUUACGUUCGGAAAGGCUUGUUUUCAGUAACACGAACUCGGUAAUAAGUUUCCAAUAACAAAACCACGAACUCCCUUGUUCUCUCUCUAUCAGCAGUCACUGCUCGUGAGAAUUACUUUGCAGUUUCUCCGUGUUACAGUUUGGUAUGCAUGGUUACCUGUGGUAGUUAGACCACUAAUUGCAAUAUUGCCACGUUAAACUCAGAAUUAAAAGUCAUUUUUCAAUGCAGUUUUAAUAUAGUCUUUCCAAAAUGAGUCAUGAAAAAAAAAAAAAACGUUUUGAAUUACAGAUGAAGUAGCACUGAUUUGCCAUAGAUUUGCCAUUGUGAUUUUUAAAACUUCAGUCUGGUGGUCUUCAAAAAACAAAAGAGAAAAUAUUAUCUAUUGAAAGUAGAUUAUAUUUAUUUUAAUAUAUUCUGAAAAAUAAAUGAGUAUGACACUGUUAAGAAAUCUACAAACAUCACUUCUUACAUCUCUGUCUAUGAAUCUAUUGAUGUUUUUCUUGCUUAAGAUGAAUAGAAUUAAGUAUUAUAAACCAAUAUUUUUCUGGUUCAUAUUGUUGGUAGUGCAAAAUGCAUCUGAAGCAGGUGGUCUCCUAUCUUAAUGACCAGGUCUGUGAAAUGCCCAGCUAACAUGACUGGUGUGUGCCCAAUCUGUGUCCUAUGGGCUCACAGCUCACAGGAAGAGCGACCAUGUGUUUGUUGGUGAAAAGUUUAAUUUAUUUUCACCAAAAGAUACCCUACAAGGACUCUGUUACCUGCCUUCAGAGAGCAAAGGUGUAGCUGGGAAAUGAGCACAAGAAGUGACCUGAAACACUCAGCAAGGUCCUUGUGCCUGAAUGUCACUUUCUGUGAGAGCAGACAGCAUCCUUCUGUUUGUAAUGGGCUCAUUGCUGUGUCUCUACGGGAAGCGGAAAAAUUCCUGGCUGGUGCAUCAAGACCAGUAUCCUUGGGGGCAUCAUUUGUAAUAGGUGCCCCUCAAAGAUUUGUCCCAAUCAGUAUGCCCAGGGUGGUUUUUAGGAACAAUCUCCAAAGCCUGCAUGCCAAAGCCAUUCCUCCAAAGCUGCUUCUCACGUAGCGCAAGUGAGAAUAAAUCCUUUACUUGACUUUG